UUCUGGCAAAUAUGGCAUUAAUCGAGAAUGAGACUCGCAGUGGCAAACAGGUGCGUGCUCUGGAAAGUGGCUUUGCUGUUGGCAGUUUGUGGAGUUGCGGCAGCUCAUCCGCAUGCAUUUCUUGGCGUUUGCAUGUAUGAUGAAGUGAUGGUGGACUGUGUGCCGAGCUGCCAGAAGAUCUGUUCCGGUAUUUACGUUCAAAGGAAGUGCGAUUUUUCGAAAUGUCUUCGUGGCUGUGUGUGUCCAAAAGGCUGGGUGCGAAUGGGCUCAACUGCGGGCGAGUGCAUGAAGCGCAAUACCUGUAUGCGCUGGAUCAUAUGAAGUAGCCCUAAAACAAUGCUUUGUAGCAAAUGAAACUGAGAUGAAUAAAUUUCCCCAUUCAGCUUUUAGUCCGACAUCGACCUUGUCCAACCUUGGCCACUCUACCGUUUCGGCCACAGACUCAAGCAAGCAUUGCAGACAACACCUAGACGUUACCUGCUCCCCGGGCAAAUGCAAUCCAAAGACCA